AGCAGCAGCAUCGGGUUACAGGCACCGUGACUCAGCGAGAGCUGGAAACGCCCCGGCAAGGCGUCAGCACUCUGGAGCGGAGAUGGUCUGACGUGAGCUUCUGGGGAGGAACUAACCACAGUCCCGGGUCGGAGCCGGAGUCUUCCUGCAGUUCCCCCAGUCGCCGCCCCGUUCCUCCGCCGGCGCUCGCCGUGGGCGGGGGGCGAAGGGGAAGGGAUCCAGUGCCGGGACCGGGAUGGACGGCCCAGGAUCUGCGGCUGGCGUGCGGAAGGUUGACAUCUACCGGGACACGUGGGUGCGGUUUCUUGGAUAUGCUAAUGAAGUUGGUGAAGCAUUCCGGGCGCUAGUACCCGUUGGUCUGGUCUGGGCCAGUUAUGGAAUAUCAACUGCAUAUGUGACAGCUGAUGCAGUAGACAAGGGAAGGAAAGCGGCUGCUACUCAUGGAGACGGACCUGGAAAAACUUUGAAGGUUGGUGCAGCAGUGGUGGAUACUUUUAUCUGGCAGGCUUUGGCAUCAGUUGCAAUUCCAGGAUUCACCAUCAAUCGAUUGUGUGCAGCUUCCCUUUUCCUCCUGGGGAAAACUACAAGGUGGCCACUGCCUAUGAGAAAGUGGACAACCACUGCUAUCGGCUUGUCCGCCAUUCCGGUCAUUAUAACUCCCAUUGAUAGGUCUGUGGAUUUUCUUUUGGAUUCUACAUUACGAAAAUUGUAUGGAACAGAACAACACAAGCCAUAACAAAAAGCAAUUGGAACUUUUGCAAAAGGGGAGUUUUAACAGCAAGAUUGAUACACUGUAGCUUUAAAUAACAUUGCAAGGCAAUGAUCCCUCUUCUUCAACUCUGGAGACUUCUAUUUUUCCCCAAACAGUGGAUGAGGUGAUUUUAUAAUCAACAGCCAGGUGCUUGUUUAUAUAAUUGAAGUCUUUUACCAAAGUAUAGAGAUGUGUGCCUUUCUAUAUGCAUGUGAGAAAAUGAUUAUGUCAAUGGAUAGAUUAGUGAACAGAAGAACAUCUUCUAUUUAAAAGGUACUAUGUUUGUAUCUCAAUCAAAAUAACAUGUAUAGAUUUGGUUACUUUUUCUAUUUAAACACACAACUGCCAGAAUUUUGUUUCAUUAGCCACAUAUCCAUUUCAAAGUUUUAUGCAAUCUCGCCUGACACUUCAGGCACAGCCCUACCUGGGCUGCUAGUCAUAUGUGGUGGGUGUGGAUCAAUACUCCAACAUGAAAAAAUGGAAGCAGUUACAGGUGUUUGCUUUGAUCCUGCAAAUGCAGUAGAACACUAUGCAAACCUACUUGCUGAAACAAUUGUAUCUACAUUGUGCUUUCAAAACAUAUUUAGUUCAUAAAAAUUAAAAAACCUUUUCUCAUUAAUUGGAGGAAACACUAUGAGCUUUCACAUAAGAUAAUCAGUAUUUUUGUACAAUCCUCAUAUUAAGUACUCUAUUCCUUUAAGUAAAUCAUGGACUCAGUGACUUCUGUUAAUGAUAUUUUAACUUUGACAAGCUAUGCUCAAAAGUAAGCUUCCAACUGUACUAAUAAUAGAUUACCACUUAAAAAUGCGCAAUUUAAAGGGAAAUAUACACAUCAGUACAAUACAAUUGUAUUGUAAAACUGAACUGUUUAUAAUCCCACUUUGUCCUCUACAGUAUGCACUGGUCAUGAGGAAUCUUGGCCUUUACACCACAAUAAAAUUGUAAGAAACACAAGUCUUGGAGUUCAUGGAGAUGAUUGGAAAGGUCUGCUCUGUAGUAUCAGCCUGCCUGCAUAAGCAAGAAGGCACAAAGUGCUUCUAAGCAGUUGGAAUAAAAAAGUUAUCCAACAUAUUAGUAGCUGAGGAUUGAUUCAGACUUUCAAGAGAUGACAAUAUCUGUCCUAUUUAGUUGAGGAAAUUUUACUUCCCCACCAAGGGUAUUUUGUUAGAUACAUCAACUCCUCUUGGUAGAGUUUAGGAUUUUGUCUUAAUCUAAAUGUACAUUAGCCUCUUACACAAAUCAAUAUCCCUGUCUGAUGUCAUUUGAGAAAUAGAGAUGGUUCUGAUGCAUGAAUCAUCUUAAUGGCACUUACCAGCAAGAUGGCAAUGUUAAGGUUUUAAGUGUAUUUCAUUGGAAGAGCUUUAUUCUCUUGGUUUGAAAUGUUAUGGUUUUGGAUGUGGCCAGAGACUUAAGGUAGUGCCAAAGAGAAUGAUGAUUUUUUUUUGUUAGACUUAAUACAAUGAACCAUUACCCUAAGAAGAAAUCUUCCUUCUUUGCAAUAAUUCCUUGAAAAGCCUGUUAGGCUCAGAAGUGUAUUGACCUAAUAAAAUUAGAGACAGCAGAAGACAGCAUGACCUGUUUCAGAACAGAUCUGAAGUCCUGAGUUUCUGGUUGUGUAUUAAGUUACUUUUCUAGAUAGCUAUGUUUUGUUAAAGAUUCAGUCGGGACUCCUUUUACAUCAGGCUUGAAAUGAAUAUGCAUUGGUUCAUCACGUAAUAAAUGUGCUGCAAGUGAAAAAGUCAGCUGUUGAACUCAAAACAUUCAGUACUUGUCUUUAUCUGUGACUGCCCAUUGCCUGUAAAGUAUAACUAACUUAUUUUCUGUCUAAGUCAUUGAAAUGGGAGUUUGUAUCUGUACCUAAACUUUUUAUACACAAUUCUUCUCACAACAGCAAUGAUAUUAAAAUCUUGACCACCAAUAGCUGUUAUGAUUGUACUACAUUGAGUCCCUGAAAUUGCAAACUACUGCCUGUUUAAAAUAACAUGACAAUGCAAGUGUAUUCACCUCUGCAAUAAGCAUCAGUGCUUAAUAAAAUUGAUCACAAUAAAAAGCUGAUUUACAAAUG